AUGUCGCGUCCAGUCCUUUCAUCAGCAACGCGCCGCCUGCAACAAUCAACAGCGCACUGCCAACGCCCGUUUUCAACCACCCGGUUCUUCUCCGCAUCAUCCGAGCCCAUCACCCGAAGUUCGUCGAUUUACAAUGCCGACGCCAAUGCGACUUCCCUACAUGCAUCGACUCGUCCAAGCCGGUAUACUCUUCGCAGAGUGAAUAUUUCUUCUUUCAGUGUGCCGCGACACCGCGCGUUUUCGUCGUCGACUAUCCGUCUGUCUGCCAAGGUUGUGCAGAAUGCGAGGAAUGAUGAGGAGGGGAAGCCGUUUAUGGUUGGGAUUUCGGAGAGGGCUGCGGAGCGCCUCCGCGAAAUCACAGACUCAACCACCUCCCCCACCCCCACAAAGACCGAAAACCCCUACCACCACCUCCGCAUCACCGUAACCUCCGGCGGCUGCCACGGCUUCCAAUACAUGAUGUCGCUCGAAGCCAUGUCGAAAAUCGACGCCGAAGAAGACACCGUUUUCGAAGCGGACGCUAAAUCUGGCCCCGAAGGCGGCGAGGCACUGGUUGUUAUGGAUGAGCCGUCGCUGGAGUUGUUGUCGGGGAGUACGGUGGAUUAUACGACGGAGUUGAUUGGGAGUCAGUUUAAGAUUGUGGAUAAUCCGCGGGCGUCGAGUAAUUGUGGGUGUGGGACGAGUUUUGAUGUUAGUCUUUGA